AUGCCAUCUCUUUUGCUGCCAGAAGGCGAUCCUCGCCGCCACAGCUCACUGUGUGACAGAACUACUGAUCUGACUGAGUUGACGCCUGACUCUAUCCCUCUGCAUCCCCUGGGCCUCAAGCCUCUAGGCAACCAAUACAUCUUCAAUGGCCGGAAUGCUCGAAGGUCCAUCGGGGUCUGGAACAUGUUGCCCGACGAGAUUAUGAUGCUCAUCCUGGAGCAUGUAGAUACCCAUGAGCUCUUCAACCUUGGCCACACAUCAAAGUUCCUUUACGCCUUUUGCCACUCGGACGAAUUAUGGAAGGCUCUGUUUCUUCGAUCGGCUCCGAAGAAUAGCAAAUCGAUCCGCUGGCAAGGAUCUUGGCGGUCGACCGUACUUGGGCUGCCUGCUCCAAGCAAUCAAGGGUCUCUGGUUGAUUGCAGUAACGUUUUCUCCGACGUCCUCCAUAGGCCCUUUGCCUGUAGCCAUGUUGUUCUGUCACAGUUCGCCUCCAACAUCCCCAAGGCUAACCAGAUCCGCCGUUUUCAGAAUUUGACAUACGAGCAGUAUGCCGAGAAAUGGACUGAAGAGCCCUUUGUGCUUACCGAGUGCAUACAGGACUGGCCCGUUUGCUCCGAGUGGUCCAUCGAGUCACUCCUUGACAAGUAUGCCAGCGUUGAGUUUCGAGCCGAGGCCGUGGACUGGCCAUUUGCGACUUAUUGCAAGUACAUGGAGAACACCAAGGACGAGAGCCCCUUGUACCUGUUCGAUCGCAAAUUCGCCGAGAAGAUGGGCAUCUCAGUGGGGCACGAACCAGAGGCGGCAUACUGGAAGCCAGAUUGCUUUGGUCCCGACAUGUUCGAGGUUCUCGGGGAUGAGCGACCUGCUCACCGGUGGUUGAUUAUUGGGCCUGAGCGAAGCGGCUCGACCUUUCACAAGGACCCUAAUGCGACGAGUGCCUGGAACGCUGUGAUCCAGGGUUCCAAGUACUGGAUCAUGUUUCCACCCACCGCCCAGGUUCCGGGCGUCUACGUGUCGGAGGACAGCAGCGAGGUAACGAGCCCGCUGAGCAUUGCCGAGUGGCUGCUCACGUUCCACGAGGAGGCGCGGCGAUUACCUGAGUGUGUCGAGGGCAUCUGCAAGACAGGAGAGAUUCUCCACGUCCCAAGUGGGUGGUGGCAUCUAGUGGUCAACCUGGAAAACGGCAUUGCCCUGACGCAGAACUUUGUUCCUCAGUCUCCAAGCCUGAAUCUCGUGUCUGAGGUGCUGUCGUUCCUCCGAGACAAGGCCGACCAAGUUAGUGGAUUCGACGAGGGAGUCGAGAAUCCGUUUGGACUGUUUUCAGAGAGGAUGAAGAGCAGCUACCCCGAUGUCCUGAAAAAGGCGUUGGACUUGGCCGACAGGAAGAGCGGGAGGAAGCGCAAGUGGGAUACCACAGUCGGUGGCGGAGAAGAGGAACAACAGGGAGGAGGGGAGUUCAGCUUCGGGUUUGGAGGCGACGAUGAUGAUGAGAUACCCUAG